CCUCGCCUUGGUGCACUUGGAACCAAGAAGAGUAGUGCAUUGCUCCAUUGUCCCUGGCCAACCAAUGGCGAGUGUUAAGGUGUUCGGUUCCCCAGCAUCGGCCGAGGUUGCGAGGGUAUUGACAUGCCUCUUCGAGAAGGAUGUCGAGUUCCUGCUCAUUCGCGUCGACAGCUACAAGGGCCGGAAGAGGAUGCCCGAAUACCUCAAGCUACAGCCCCAAGGCCAGGCGCUCACGUUUGAAGACGGGAAACUGACCCUCGUCGAUUCGAGGGAGAUAUGCCGACACGUUGCGGAGAAGUAUGCCGAUCAAGGGAACAAAGACCUUCUGGGGACCGGCACGCUCGAAAGGGCAUCGAUCGAGCAAUGGCUGCAGACAGAGGCUCGCAGCUUCGACCCCCCAAGCUCGGAGCUGGUGUUCGACUUGGCAUUUGCACCGCUCAUGGGACUGGGGCAGGAUGAGGUGGUGAUCGAGCGGAGCAGGCAGGAGCUGAACAAGGUGCUCGACAUCUACGAGCGAAGGCUGCAGGAGACGAUGUUCCUGGCAGGGGACAAGUUCACGCUCGCCGACCUCUCCCACCUACCAAAUGCUCAGCGUUUGGUGUCCGAUAACAAGUGCCGCUCCCUCAUCACGUCGAGGAAGAGAGUGAGCAAGUGGUGGGAGGAGAUAUCGAGCCGACCGUCAUGGCAGAGGGUGGUGGAGAUGCAGCAGGAGCCACCCCCGCUCAUCUAAGCAUUGAGACUCCACUCAUGGUUUGAGAUGGAGUUGGCGGGGUGUCGCUCGAUCUCUAGCUUUAAUUCUUACUAAGUGUUUGAAUUGGGUCUCAUAUAUAACCAACUCAUCUUGUGUGUCUUGGCAUGGUGCUUUCGCUCGUGUCUGUUUGUUUGGGAGUCCCAUAAAGCUGCCCCUUGGCUCCGUGCCCUUGCCGAGGUUUGUUUUGGCACUACUUGGAUGCGUAUAAAAAGGCAUCUCCUUAAUUAUCAAUGGGACACAAAGGUUGGGGUCGCUUUUGAAAUAAAGUUUUCCACUUGAAUAAAUUUGUACUUCUUGCCUGCAA